UGAAUGAAUUGAUGGGCACACUCCAACUGCUGGGCUGGAGAGACUGGACUUGGUCUUACCAUUUCUGCUUCUUUGAAAGAGGAGACAACUUGGGCUUCCUUUUAAUUUAGUUUUUCUCCUUCUCCCCCCACCCCCGGCCUUCCCCUUUAUCUCCCCCACCCCCUCUAUCACCACCCCCCUUUUAAAUAAGAGGGUGAAGGGGAACCAGAGCGCACAAGGGAACUGACUGGGAGGCAGAGAAGAUGGGCAUCCUCAGCGUAGACUUGCUGAUCACACUGCAAAUUCUGCCAGUUUUUUUCUCCAACUGCCUCUUCCUGGCACUCUAUGACUCGGUCAUUCUCCUCAAGCACGUGGUGCUGCUGCUGAGCCGCUCCAAGUCCACUCGCGGGGAGUGGAGGCGCAUGCUGACCUCAGAGGGAAUGCGCUGCAUCUGGAAAAGCUUCCUCCUCGAUGCCUACAAGCAGGUGAAAUUGGGUGAAGAUGCCCCCAAUUCCAGUGUGGUACAUGUCUCCAAUUCUGAAGGAGGUGACAACAGUAGAAAUGGUGCCCAGGUGAAGAUGGUUGAUGGAGCGGAGUGCCACCUUCUUGACUUUGCCAGCCCUGAGCGCCCACUGGUGGUCAACUUUGGCUCAGCCACUUGACCUCCUUUUACCAGCCAGCUGCCAGCCUUCAGCAAACUGGUGGAAGAGUUCUCAUCAGUGGCUGACUUCCUGUUGGUCUACAUUGAUGAGGCUCAUCCUUCAGAUGGUUGGGCAGUGCCUGGUGAUUCUUCUUUGUCUUUUGAAGUGAAGAAGCACAGGAACCAGGAAGACCGAUGUGCAGCAGCCCACCAGCUUCUGGAGCGUUUCUCCUUGCCGCCCCAGUGCCAAGUUGUGGCUGACCGCAUGGACAAUAAUGCCAAUGUAGCUUAUGGGGUAGCCUUUGAACGUGUGUGUAUUGUGCAGAGACAGAAAAUUGCUUAUCUGGGAGGAAAGGGCCCCUUCUGCUACAACCUUCAAGAAGUCCGGCGUUGGCUGGAGAAGAAUUUCAGCAAAAUGAAAUCUAGAUUAGCUGGUUAA